AUGAUUGCGCUCGUCAACGUCUACUGCCGACAAUCCUCUCCAGUCUACAAGGCCCGUCCUCAAACAUACCCUGCCGACGUACGUAGCUAUUCCGAACAGCCUCGUCUGCGAUCCGCCUACCGUGCGACUGACCCCCGCGCCAGUUUUGACAGUCGCCUCCACCUCCGCAUCUCCUCCGCAACCUCGAAAAUCGUAACCAUGGGUUGGUUCGGCUCAAGCUCCAAAGACGACUCCGGUGUCAAGAAGACAGAGGGCGGCGCAUUCGAAUCACCCUCACGAUCCAACCGAAAACAAUGCUACGCAGCACGUGAUGCCUUCUUCGAAUGUCUCGACAAGAACAACAUUUUGGACAGCAUAAACUCAAAGUCCGGCAGGGAUAAGGCUGCAAGCUUCUGUGCACAGUUUGAUCAAGAGUUUGAGAAGAAUUGCGCACACAGUUGGGUACGUGGAAUCUCCGAACGGCAACAAGCACACUUCACUGCCUGCGUCGAAUACUUCAAGAAGCAGCGAGUGGUAAAUUACCAAAGAGAACAAACGAUCAAAAAGAUCGAGAUGCAAGGCGGAGAAAUUACAGCGCCGCAACUACCACUACCGGGCCAGAACAAAUAG